AUGUUUGGAGGCAGACGCCGCUAUAGAUCGAACUCUGCACUGAGCAUCGACCGCCUGAAAUCCCACUGUCUGCGCCUGUUUGGGGAAACUGUGGAGGAGACUGUGGACUCGGAUGAGCUGUUUGGGUUGGAGUUCCUCUCCAGCCAGAGCUCAGGGGAGGCAUUUUCACUUCAGCAUAUAGGGAGCAAUGGCCCUGCUGAUGAGGAAGAAGUGAGAAUCCAGCUCAACCAGCUCGAUUUGCACUUCAGGGUUAUGGGUUGGCCUCCUGCCUUUGUAAGUGCAGUUUACCCAUUAAUGCAGUUUCAUCUGACCAGAGGAGGCCUACCCAGAGGCCUCCUCGGGUUCUACUUUGUACUGUUCCUGCUUUGUUGGAGCCUUCCACCUCAGAAUCUGCUCCCGAGACAUUACGUGCCUCUUCUGUCCUCGGUCCUCCUGCCUCCUCACUGUUACGCCCAACACAUUCAAGUUGGCACCAUGGAUGGCAAAGACCUCAAUGACCCCUUAAACAAUGUGGCGCUGAUCAAAGACGAUCAAACCAGGACAAACCUGGUAUCCUCAGGUGACACUGACAAAAUGAUUCAGCGUUUAACUGACGACCUACAUGAAGCUCAGGAAAUGGCAAAUUCAGAAAAACACAAAAACAUGGAGCUACAAGCUUCCCUUGAAAAGGAAAAGAAAGAGAAGAAGCAACAAUCUGAUGAUUCUGCAAAACAAAUCCAAGUCCUUCAAGGACAACUCGAGAAGCUCCAUGGGGAGAUGAGCAGUCUCCGGGAGCAGCUGAAAGGUUCCUCCGGGGCACAGGACGAGGUUCACAAGGCCAAAGAGGAGGUGAAGUCCCUGAAAAAAGCCCUGGAUGAAGCUAAAGCCGAAGGGGCAGCUGUCUCCAAGGACCUGGACCGAUGGCACCAGACGGCGACCAAAUAUGAGAAAGAAGUGGAAAACCUGCAGAAUGAUCUUCAGCAGCAGAGUAAGCAGUGGCAAAAGACUGCAGAAAUACAAGCCAGUGAGCUCCAGUCUGUGCAGCUGGAGUGUAACGGCCUUCAGAAAGAGUGUGCCUCCCUGCGCUCUGAGAAGCAGGAGACUCAGACCAAGCAUCAAAAAGAGAAGGCCGCGUUACAGAGCGAGUGUGCUGCACUGAAGGCCGAGAAGGACGCGCUCAUCCAGAGUCACCUCAAAGAGAAGAGCGGUCUGCAGAGCAACUGUUCCAGCCUGAGAUCUGAGGCAGAGGCGGCCGUUCAGAAACUGCAGCAACUGGAGCGCAACCUGGACAGUUCACGUGCCAAGAAUGCUGAGCUCACAAACAGUCUGAAAAACCUUGAAAAAUCUCAGAAGGAUCUGGAAGCAAAACUAUCAUCUUUAGAGCUCCAGCAUCAGGAAGAGCGUCAACAACUACAGACAAACCUGGACGACGCAAACGCCCGAAAUGACACUCUGCAGAAGGAGUGUGAUGACGCCCUGGCAGAAGUGUCCAACAUUAAAGUAAAGUAUGAGAAGACAGAACAACAAAACCAGCUGCUGACAGAGGAGCUGCAUCAGUGCAAGGAGAGUGUGAAGGAAAUACAGGAGAAAGGGACCACGACUUCUCUAUUGCUGCCCAUUCAAGCCUUAGCCAUCGGCCUUGUCCUGGCUUUGCUGCACUGGGGCUUGGGCGCCCUGUGGUAG